AUGGGCGAUCUGCAGACUUUGCGGAAGAAGCAGGAGAUCCUGCUGAACAAACUGGAGGUGCUGAAUCAGUUCGUCGAGCACUACAAGGCGGAAGAACACGAGUGCCAGCUGGAAGUUCGACUCGGAAUGCUGAACGACGUGUACCAGGAGUUCACGGACCUACGGACGAAGCUGGAGUUGCUGCUGGAAGAAAAGGAUGCGGCCAAGUUCGCGAAUGCGGAGCCGAAGGUCAAGCAGGAGGUCGUGUCACACCGUGAAGAGGCCAAUCUACAGGUGGUGCAGGAGUUUGACAACAAAUUCUGCAAGAUCAAGGCGAUGCUGAUUGCGAAGCGGCCGGUCAAGGACGUCGCGCAGACAGUUCCAAGUGUUGGUGAUGCGGAUACCUCGUUUCCGUUGCGCGUCAAGCUGCCUGACAUUCAUCUGCCGAACUUCAGCGGAAAUCUGCGCGAGUGGGUGACCUUCCGUGACACCUUCAAAAGUCUCAUCCACCGGAACUCGAAGCUGACAUCGAUGGACAAGUUCACCUAUCUUCAAUCGUCUCUUUCUGGUCCUGCGUUGUUGGAGAUCAGUGGCAUCGAUCUGUCGGAAGAAAACUACUCCGUCGCGUGGUCCGCGCUGGAGGAGGAGUAUGGAAACAAGAAGCUGAUCGUGAAAGCCCACCUCGAUGUCAUUCUGGAUCUGGAACCGCUGACCAAGGAGUCGUACGACGGUCUCAGCCACCUGCUCGGUGAGUUUGAGAAAAAUCUGCAGAUGUUGGACAAGAUCAGUGGCAUCGAUCUGUCGGAAGAAAACUACUCCGUCGCGUGGUCCGCGCUGGAGGAGGAGUAUGGAAACAAGAAGCUGAUCGUGAAAGCCCACCUCGAUGUCAUUCUGGAUCUGGAACCGCUGACCAAGGAGUCGUACGACGGUCUCAGCCACCUGCUCGGUGAGUUUGAGAAAAAUCUGCAGAUGUUGGACAAGAUGGGCGAAAAGACUGCCGACUGGAGUACGGUUAUGGCGCACGUCCUGUGCUCAAAGCUGGACUCGGCCACGCUUAGGAAUUGGGAGACCCACCACAACAGCAAGGAAGUCCCAACCUACAAAGCACUACUGGAGUACCUGCGCGGCCACUGUUCGGUUCUUCAGUCGAUCAAACGAGCGAAAGCGAAACCGUCGGAACAGCGCCCUCCGAAAGCAGCAGUCUGUCACACUGCUGUGCGGAGCAGCAACCAGUGUCACUUUUGCAGCGGCCCGUGGCACACCCCGUUCCGGUGCUUCAAGUUUCAGAAGAUGACGAUCUCGGAGCGCAACGACGCUGUUUCGAGAAACAAGCUGUGCAGAAACUGCCUGAAGCCUGGACAUUACCCGCGGACGUGCGAAGGAGGAACUUGCCACCACUGUCACCAGAAACAUCACUCGAUGCUGCACAACGAUCAGAUGAGAUCCUCCGUUCCACAACAGCAGUCGAGACCGACCGCGACGACCUCAGUACAGCGACAACAACCCAGACCACAGAACACGAAUCAGACAACACACACUCCAGCCAACAAUGCACCUGCUAAUCCGACUAACCUACAGACUACAGACUCUCAAGCCACACUGCCACAAACCACUAGCCAAAACUACGUUGCACUACCCGUCACGCCCACACACAACAUCAUCCUGUCAACCGCGCUCAUCCGCAUUAAAGACCGCUUCGGAAACACGCUGCUAGCGCGUGCGCUUCUUGAUUCGUACUCACAGCACUGUCUGAUGACCAGAGAGUUCUCGCGACGACUCAAAUUUGUGCGACAAUCGUCGUAUUUGCCGAUCCAAGGGAUCGGAACUUCCCGUUGCGUGUCGACGCAGCUCGUGCGUGCAGAUGUCGGUCCGCGUUCUGAUCAGAUUUCAGCGUACGAGUCGGAGAUGCAGUUCCACGUCCUGCCCAAGCUCAACAUCUCGUUGCCGACGUCGUACAUCGACCCGUCUACAAUUCAGCUGCCCGACUGGAUGUUCCUGGCUGAUCCGGAGUUCCACAAAACCGGUCCAGUGGACGUCAUUAUCGUUGCAGACGGCCCCACGCUGCACAACACGGUGUUUGGUUGGAUAAUUUCCGGCCGGCUUCCUGGCAGCGUUCCAGAAUCGACGUCUCUCGUAUCCGUCACGGCAAUCGACGAGCUGCUGACCAGAUUUUGGGAACUGGAAACGUGCCGCACCAAGAGCACGCACUCGAUCGAAGAAUCCACGUGCGAGCAGCUGUUCGAGGAGACGACGGUUCGUGACGAAACUGGCAGAUUUGUUGUGACGCUGCCCAAGAAGAAGUAUGCUGUUCAGCGUCUCGGUGAGUCCAGAUCAACAGCCAUCAAACGCUUCCUGGGACUGGAGAAGCGGCUGUAG